AUGCAAUUAGGAGGAUUCGAUGAAAGGACAUCAAUUCAAAUCCUGGAUUUUCGAAUUGAGAGAGAUAUUGAGAGAAAUCAAGAAUUCUCGCUAUUUCUUAGAUUCAUGGACCCAAUUCAAUUCAGCGGGAUUUUUCAUUCAUAUUUUUUUCCAUCAAGAGAGUUUUAUAAAACUCUUGGACUCCCGAAUUUGGAGUAUCCUACUUUCACGCAAUUCACAGGGUUCAACAAGCAAUCGAUAUUUCACGAUCAAAAAAAAUCCCUAUUUGACAAGGCUUCUUCCUAUACCUAUGAAUUCCAUUGGACCCAAAAUGAUACAUUGGAAGAAUCAUCUGAUUCUUCCAAUAUCAAUAGGUUGAUUGUUCCGCUCCUGUAUCUUCCAAAAGGAAAAAAGAUCUCUGAGAGUUCUUUCCUGGAUCCGAAAGAGAGUACUCGGGUUCUCCCAAUAACUAAAAAGUAUAUCAUGCCUGAAUUUAACUGGGGUUCGCGGUGGUGGAGGAACUGGAUAGGAAAAAAGAGCGAUUCUAGUUGUAAGAUAUCUAAUGAAACCAUCGCUGGAAUUGAGAUCUCAUUCAAAGAGAAAGAUAUCAAAUAUCUGGAGUUCCUUUUUGUAUAUUAUAUGGAUGAUCCGAUCCGUAAGGACCAUGAUUGGGAAUUUUUUGAUCGUCUUUCCCCGAGAAAGAGGCGAAACAUAAUCAACUUGAAUUCGGGACAGCUAUUCGAAAUCUUAGUGAAAGACUGGAUUUAUUAUCUCAUGUUUGCUUUUCGUGAAAAAAUACCAAAGGAAGUGGAGGGUUUCUUCAAACAACAAGGGACUGGGUCAAUUAUUCAAUCAAAUGAUAUUGAGCAUGUUUCCCAUCUCUUCUUGAGAAACAAGCGGGCUAUUUCUUUGCAAAAUUGUGCUCAAUUUCAUAUGUUGCAAUUCCGUCAAGAUCUCUUCGUUAGUUGGGGGAAGAGUCCGCACGAAUCGGAUUUUUUGAGGAACAUGUCAAGAGAGAAUUGGAUUUGGUUAGACAAUGUGUGGUUGGGAAACAAGGAUCGGUUUUUUAGCAAGGUACGGAAUGUAUCAUCAAAUCUUCAAUAUGAUUCCACGAGAUCUAGUUUCAUUCAAGUAACGGAUUCUAGCCAAUUGAAAGGAUCUUCUGAUCAAUCCAAGGAUUAUUUCGAUUCCAUUAGGAAUGAGGAUUCGAAAUAUCACACAUUGAUCAAUCAAAGAGAGAUUCAACAACUAAAAGAAAGAUCGAUUCUUUGUUGGGAUCCUUCCUUUCUUCAAACGGAACGAACAGAGAUAGAAUCAGAGCGAUUCCUUAAAAUCCUUUCUGGAUAUUCCUCAAUGUGCCGACUAUUCAUGGAACGUGAGAAGCAGAUGAAUAAUCAUCUGCUUCCGGAAGAAAUCGAAGAAUUUCUUGGGAAUCCUGCAAGAGCCACUCGUUCUUUUUUCUCUGACAGAUGGUCAGAACUUCAUCUGGGUUCGAAUCCUACUGAUAGGUCUACUAGAGAUCAGAAAUUGUUGAAAAAAGAACAAACGAAACAUCUUGCUCUUUCCAGGCGAUCGGAAAAGAAAGAAAUAGUGAAUUUCUUCAAGAUAAUUAUGUACUUACAAAAUACCGUCUCAAUUCAUCCUAUUUCAUCAUAUCGAGGAUGUGAUAUGGUUCCAAAGGGUGAAUUGGACAUUUCUAAUAAGAUUUUAUUCUUGAACAAAAAUCCAUUUUGGGGUUUAUUUCAUUUAUUCCAUGACCGGAACAGGGGGAGAUACACGUUACACCACGAUUUUGAAUCAGAAGAUAUAUUUCAAGAAAUGACAUCUAUUCACUCUAUCAAUAAUCGAGUCGGAUCUGGUGUAUCAUAA